UUGCAAGAAGCACAAUAUAAAAAUACUAAAACAAAACUAAAAAAAAAUGCUAAAAUAAGAAACUAAAACAACUAAUAAAAAACCGGUAUGAAAGGCUAUUAGGGUCCCUUCUUCAGUAGAAUUUAUAGUUGCAUUAGCAGACAGUUUUCGCAUAGAAAACGCAAGAUUUAUGGUGACAUCAGUGAAAACGACACCAAGCACUUGUGUUGAAAAGAAAUUACUUUAGCCACUCGGUGUAUUCGGCGGCUCCCGAACAUGGUACCGUGUGAGAAUGGAUGACUUUGAUACAUGUGACUACCAUCGAUGGAUGACAUGCAAUGAACCAUUGCUUAGACAUUUGUACUGUGUUCGAAUAGGUGUAAAGGAAACUUUUCGAGAUUCUAUUACUAGAUUUUAUAACAAGAGAAUACAAUUUCUUUUAAGGUAAGUUUUAAUGUUUUGAAAACGAAAAAAAAAUUCUCCCACGAAAUUGGAAUAUCGAUUGAUUAAUUGAAAAUCAUCUAAAGAGUACCGAGUUUGUGGUUUGAACAGACGCGAACGUUCAUCACAACCGGAGGGAUGGUGGGUCAUUGAUUUAGACGCAACUAAAUCACGUCCCUUCUUCAAUCCAUCCCACACCCCUCUUCCUAUGGAGUUGUCGUCUCGAUACGAUGAUUGAUUGGGUUUUCAACGAGGCAGCAAAACGGUACCGGGACCACGCACACAACCGAUGAGUACCGCGAGAUGUCAUAAUUGUACAUCCGAAGCAAUCCGCAAAACCGGUAAUUGUCGAGUGAUUUGUUUUCCGAUUGUUGUUAAAUUGAUUAAAAUUUUAACUCAACCCACGGACCGACUCCAAUGACUUCAUCGUUUAUGCAAAUUGACACGAGCAGACAAUUUGAUUAAAUCCACUAUUCAAUGCAACGCGAAUUGUGUCCCCGUGGUAGAAAUUGCACACGCAAUCGCAUUCCGGACACAACUUCGAAUUAAAUGGAAGUGAUGAUUGGUCGAAUGGCAGCAUAGGUUCAAUGGCUGGUGCCUAAGGUUGGUUCUCUCGCUCUAGUCUUACCGGAUGUUCCGGUUUUGAAAAAUUUAUGCUAGUUCAAUUAGAGCCGUACGCUGGGGGGUCGACGUUUGUGGUCGAUUGGUUAUCAAUGAGUGGUGAAAUGCUUCGAGUUUGCACAAAAAUCACUACGCGUACGAUUGAGGUGAGGAACGCAUAUCGAUUGUGUUUCGGUACUAGAUAAAUGCAUCGACUUCGGAUCACAAAUUUAUGAAUAUGGAAAUUUGCCCUAAACUUGAACAGUUGUACAGCAAUUCAAAUAUACACACAUUUGUUGAUAAACGAUUGUGUUUUUAAUAAAUAUACUCUUUAGCAAUACGGCCAGGCCGUUCUUUAUGAAUAAAAAAAAAUACACUCUUUGAUAUUUGUCUCUGCGACUGUUGAUGAUCGUAUUAUAACUCUGGUCAUUUCUCUAACUUCUAACAGAAAAUUGAAUAACACAAGCAUUUUAAUAAAAAAUGCGUUAAAUGUGUUUUAUUUGUAAAAGCAACAAUUUUGAAAAAUAAUUUUAGUACACUGUAGAACGGUCAUUGAUCAAUGUACAGGUAGAUGAGAAGCAUGACAUCAGUUAUCGACUUCUUUCGACAUUUUUUGUUUUACUUUUUUGUUGUUCUAAAAGAAAAUCAAUGCCUGCUUUCCAGGACCUCAGAACACUUCGAAGUUCUAAAAAAAAUAUUGAAAAACCACCAUUUUUUAUUCAGGUAGAACGGCGUGGCCGUAUUGACAAAAACCAACUUUUCAUAUGAUAAGUCUAUCCAUAUGCACAAGAGUACGUGCUUCACUUAUCAUAACGAAUUUGAUAAUUUUAUAAAUUCUCACAAAAUGGCGAAAGGAAUGGCAUCAAAAAGGUUUAUUAUUUUUUAGUAAAGCUUUUCACGAGUUCUCCAAGAAAUUUUGGAAACCGAUUUACACGUACGUUGAAAAUACAAACGAGUUUAACAUCAAUCCUGACUAUUUAGAGUUCUGGAAAUGACUUGCCAAAAUUGUCGCACACUUCAGCCCUAUGAGUUUGUCGAUAAGGACACAAGCCGUUAUCAUUAAGAAUAAAUCAAAUAUUUAGCAUACUAAUUGUUUAUUCUUGAAUAUUCUGAGCUUUACAUAAAGUUCUAAAUCUAAGGCAUGUUAAACUGAUAGAGUAGGUCCGAGUUCAGCCGUUUUUUUAAACAGUCGUUGCUAAGUUGCUUGUACUUCACGACAGCUAUGCAAUUGGAUGAAAAAAUUUCUUCUGAGUCACGUUCUAGAACUCGAGGUCGGUCAUCGAUUUAGUAGUGUCUAUGUUUGUGUUCAUUUAUUAUACCAAGAUUUUUAGCUGGAGCAACUAAUUCCAUAACAACGUCCACAACCACAAUAUGGAGUACUUUCAAGGAGUUCUUUGCCCUAAUGAGUAUAUUCAUGGAGUUCUUUGCCUCGAGUCAAUCAAAUCGCUUCCCUCUCAAACAUUUAGACAUAAAUGACACAAUUUUCAUGUUUUUUUUCUGAUAUUCCUUUCUUUUUCUUGUUACAUAUUUUGCAUAUUUUGCUGUUAAAAGAUUCAAUAGAACUUGCCAUGAAAGAUUUUGACUUUUUUCUAAGAAUAGAGUCCAAUAAUAGACCAAUGUGUAGUAAAGAAUUUCUGCACAAAAUAUUUUAAUUCUUCAACAAACCAAUACUUAAUAUUUUACAUCAAAUAUAUUUUUACUUUCUCUCUUUUUUACUUUUACUUUCAAACUUUCGUUUCACUCACAUCUUGAUUCGUCAUUAUUACCUCCAAACUUUAUCCGCCUUUGAUCUUGAGACAUUUCAUCAUCUUCCCAUCGACUAUGAUCAUUUCGAUUGAGACUCGUUCCAUUCCAGCUCCACCAACAUUCCUGAUUAAGCCCCAGGAUCAGAAGACGGCCCUAAACGGGGUGGCAUCAUUCAAGUGCACCGCCUCAGGCAACCCCCAGCCGUCCGUUUUCUGGACUAAGGAAGGCUCACAGACACUCAUGUUUCCCAACAAUACGUACGAUAAUAUGCAGGUUUCGGUACAGGGGACACUUCAGAUUCGCGGUGUGCAGAAAGAUGACGAUGGCUACUACAUCUGUUCGGCACUGAGUGUGGCCGGUUCCACUGCCAGUAGAGCUUAUUUACAGGUUCUAACAUCGGAGGACAGCAAUCCACCCCCGAUACUGCAGAUCGUACCAGCUAAUCAAACACUGCCCCGAGGCACCGCUGCUACGCUGCCAUGUCGUGCGAGCGGUAAUCCGACGCCCUCCAUUCGCUGGAAGAAAAAUGCGACCGAUAUCAACCUUUCCGGCGGUAACGGGCGCUUUUCAAUCAUCCCCGGGGGUGGCAAUGCCAAGAAUUGAUGGCAGGCGUACGGAACCCGAGGGCUAAAGAUUGUCGAAUGGGUAUGGAAAAUAAGUUCUCCUAAUUCCCGCCUUCGGUGCCUUUCUUUUGCAUACCUUUCUCCACCGAUAGAUUGAACCAAGAAACGACAUAAUUGAAAUACAACAAACUGUUUCAAGUUAAGGCACGGGGUUUAUAGGUUGUUCGCCAAAAGUAGCAUUUACUCAACAUUAAAGUCGUUACCCAUUCCCUUUCCACGAAAAGGGUUUAAGCUUUGUUUACAAUGCUUAGUUAAACGUGGCAAAUAAUUUCCUAAGUGCGUGUUUAGGUUCUGUACACGUUUUUUCUUUCCAGCAUGAUUUAGUUCAGGCUUACAAGCUUCUUUUAAAAAAGCAGACAGGUUGACAGUGGUAGCAAACAAUUAUGCUGGCUUGGUAAUUGAUUUUGAAUGUGUAAUUUUGUUGAUUAGAAACCGGCCGGGAAGCAAUCACAUACAGGCGAGCUUAAGAUAUGAUUUUAUGAAAGCUAUUUCCUUCGAUAGCGUGACUGCAUUUUCAAAACGAGCUGGUGUUUGUUUCGAUUUUGCCAUGCCAGUCAUUAUGCUGGGAAUUACAUGCUUCUACAUAAGAAAAUGAAAUCAAACAAAUCAAGCGGGGUUGAGCGAAUUUAGACGAGUUAUAGCAUAAUAAUUACAGUCUUAGAAUGUUUUUGGUUUGGGAAGUUUUAUUCCCAACUUACGAAGGCAUUUUUUUAUCGCUUGUUGCUCAAUUUCAAUGCUUCUUUUAGAAGCUUUCCUCAAGGUAAAUAAAGUAUUUGUUUACUAUAAAAAAAAUGAAUUUAUCUUGAUUUACUAACCAAGAAAGGAAAUUCCGUUGCAAUCCCUGCUCAUAGAGCAAAUAGAAAUAGAUAAGGUAAAUAGAACCAUAAUUACCGGCCAUGAAUCUCAAACACUAAGAUUCGCUUCAAUAUGCGCCCGAAUCAUUAACGUAUAAAUGGUGAGCUUAGUCUAAGCUUUGCGUCCAAAGCGAACGCAUAAGGAAGAUUAAUGGCAAAACAUUAUUCCAACAACAGCCGGGAUUCGGGGUUUUAAAACCAUCCCGACUAAGAUAACAUAUUAAUUGCUUUCUUGCUUGUGGUGGAACGUUAGGAGUAAAGUUUCAUCAAGAAGAUAAUGUUUUCUACAAACAUUUGGUAAAAGUUUCACUUAAACGUAACGAAAAUAAGAAAUGUAUUAACAUCCCGAAAAGGAAAUCUCAUUUAUCAAAAUAAAAUUGCAAUCAAUUUCCAGCUAGAAUGGGAAAUCCUUCUAGCUAUAAAAAGAAAACUUUCCAAAUCAAAUCCAUUCCAAUAUGUAUUGGAAAUAUUUCUUCAAUCAUCUAUCGAUUUGGAGGAAAAAUGAUAUGACAUAUUUUUUGCAAUUUCGCGUCUCGUGUCUCGGCUGAAGCCUGCCAUUCAAAUUCCAAUUGCAAUUCUUUCCCCAAUAGCCCAAAGGGAGGUGAUUGGUGAUGGAUUGAUUGAUUCCUUCUCAAUGGUAUUCUUUAUUUGUUUGCUUUAAGAUUUGUAUUCUAGAAGCAUAAAAAGUAUUGGAUUUACAUUAUUUUCUUUAUUUACUUACUUAAAAAAAAUACAAAACGACAUCCAAUACACCCCACGGUUCACGGCAAAUCUGUUUGCAGGAUCGUGACACUCGCCAAAUACCUGCCCCGGUUAGAGCAUGCAAUGCUUGCGUUCAAACUAAUCGAAAUUAAUUAAUCGUGUUGAACCCUCGAUGUCACCGAGUUCCGAACGCCACCGAGGUACUCAACCUGGCGGGAAACACGAUAAGCCGGGUUUGAACAUGUUCUUCUUCUCGAAAUGUUGCAGAGUUUGUUCGUCGCCCGGACUUGGGGUUUUUGCUUUUGCCUGACACUGAGGAAAAGCUAUUUCGUGCAACAUGCGAACUAUCUGCACGAAGCAAUUCCUUGUUGGAAUGCGUCUUGCCGUGAGCGGGAAUUCAAGGUGCAGACAUUAUAGGGAAAAAAGUAGAUUGAGGUAGCUAUUUUUAUAUAUAUUUUUUUUAUUUGUAAGCCAUGACCCUUAGGCAAAUCAACGUCUUGUAAAUCGGAUGACCAUGCUUGUUCGCAUACACAUCGUUCUUUAUUUGUAGGUUAAGCAUUGUAGCAGACGACAAGGGUGAAGCUAACGAUGGACUAUGUUUACGUGGACGCUUAAAUUGACUAGGAAGCGCCAACCUAUUGUAACAGUUUUAUACCAGAUUUAUAGCAAUUAAAAAUUUAUUCUUAUAGCAAUAAAUGUCAAAUAUAGAAUAGAAAGGAAGAAUAAAAAAUGUUUUGUAUGAUAAAAUCCAAUCAGCUCCUGAUCCAAAGCUUUCCUAGGGACGUUUUAUUCUGCUCGAGACAAUGCCAUUCAUAAGGAUAAUUCAAUAAAUCAUUUUUACCAAAAAGCAACAUUCGCAUGUUUUCCAACAAAACCUUCACACAAAGAAAUGGAAUCCUUAAACCAAAAAAAAAAAGAAAAAUGGUUUCAAAAUUAUUCAUGCCUACCUGGCGCGCACGUUGGUGUGGUGUGUGACGAUAUUUCAUUCUCUACAGCGCCAUCCCGACAUCCCGGGAGCAACAAAACCGGAAUGCCAUGAAUUAUGCAGCAUAUCCCGAAUUAACGCAGAUAAACGGGCUAAGGGUGGUGAAUUCGAGCUCGUAAUUAAAAUUAUAUGCAAUUCUCCUCCGGGCAUACCCCCCCGCGACUAAGUGCAACUUGUGCAAUUUUCACUUGCUUUUUUGCUAAUGGGAAGGGGAUGGGUUUUGUUUUGUUUCCAUCGAACAUACACACAUACACACCUUCUAUCUUGUGACAAUUUCAUUUCCACGCAUAAAACUUCCUGCCAAUGCGCAAGGAAAGUUUUUGGUGAACAAUAUUCGGUGCAAGCGGCUUUCGAAAACGCUUACGGGUGCCUGAGACCGGACGAAAGUGUCAGAUACAGGCACCAUUUUUCGUUUCCGUCCCGGUUGCAUGGUGGGAAAUGGGAAACCAUUGGCCGAAUGGGCUACUAUAGGAAGCAAACAUUUUAUGCUCGCUACAUUUUUCAGCAAUUUUAUGUCAUUUCACUCCGUGUACCGUAAUCAUUUGCAAUUCCAAUGAUUAUCAUAGUUUAAUGUAGAGUGAACGUUCUAUUUUUGUUGCCCAUUAAUCGUUUCGCGCGUGUGUCAUGCAAGGCGCAGGGGUACGAGGAAGGUACCAGUGUGGGCUGAAAUUGUGCGGAAAAUUAAUUGGCCUAGGCCGUGUUGAAUGGGUUAUUAAAUAUUUCACCCUUAUUAUGCUGCUAUAUGAACGGUGUCGUGCAUCAUUUUUCGUAUACGUCGUGUUCCAAAUAUUAAUUUUUGUUUUAUAAAACAA